AUUGUGGGUUCCUGAUGACGUUUCAUUAAAUGCUCAUUCUAUGCAUAAUGACGCGUUUCAUUGUUUACUAUGUACUGUACGUUUGCCGCGGCGUGGUUUGACAGGAACCAGACGUUACUGCAGAGAUAUGCAGCUCCUCCCAUCAUGCAUUGGAACAUCUUUAAAACCUAUGAACCACAAUCUUGCAAUUAGUUUCCUAAACAUUAUAUCAAAGAGCAGAAUGAGUUCAAAGCUGCUAAGAUACUGUCUCUCCGUCUAUAAACCUGCACUUUUUAUGCUUUGUUCACCUGCGCAAGAAGGUGUGUACACAUCAAGUUGGAGGGACAUCUGGCGCGUAGCCCCGCUUCAGGUCUAGCCCCAGCAUUUGGGAUUGAGGUCCACACUGACUAGGCCAAUCCAGAGUCUGAAUCCUCUUGCUUCGCUGCUGUUCUUUGGGAACUGGAGAAUGGACUUCCAGAAGGUCUCUGGCUGAUGUCUCUUUUGGCUUUAUUUGGUCUUCACCCCCUGAUGAGAGUGGGUAGGCGGAAGCAGGACUCGAGUGUAGUGCCUAGGGGCCAAAUACGGGGCAGGACCUCACCGACACCAUCGCGACGACGUUCAAUGACGUGAUAAAGACACACGCGGCUUAAAUACACUGGCAAGGUGCAGGUGAUUGGACACAAGUGGAAACAAUCAGGGACACGGCAGAAUAUCACUGGGGAUGACAGGACGGGAAGUGGAGCUAAACCAGGGACACAAGAGGCAGGAAACUACAAAAUAAAACGUCUGUGUGCUAAAUGUUAAGCUAUUUCCACCAGCUAGCCUCGGACUGAGUCACUUGUUGAGUUACUUCCUGUUCGGAUCAUUAUAAGCAGUCAUCCAUAUUAUUUAAUAUAUAAUUAUUUGAAGGACGCUGUUACUUUACUCUGUUCGUGUAGUGAAGUAGGAGUAUCUGUCAGUCUGUCUACCUGUCUGACCCCUCGCCUCCCUCAAUACCUGACUCACCUGGUUGUCAUGGAGACCUGUCCUCCCCUCACAAUGAGUCCAUCGGAACGGCUCAGUGAAACACAAGAAGGCGUAGCGCCUCGGGGUCACCUGAGCCGGAUGGCUGCUGAAUGUUUGAUGGAGGCUGUCAGAGAUCCUCUCGGCCAACAGACGUCGGGGAAACACCUGCACAGGUAGACGCCAGGAAGACGGAUAACUGGUAGAGGCUUCGUCGGAACACUCCAACAGGCAGGUACCAUCUCUGUCUCUGUGCCCUUCAGCCGUCUGUAACUGUACUUCCUUCACAGGGCAGAAGAACACGUCUCCCUCCUGCAGGACAUAAUCAGGUGUAUCCCGUCUCAGGCGCAGAUAUUGGGUUUGAUUUUUGUAACUUUAAGUUGGUUUAACAAGAAUGAGGACUUGCGUUUGAUUAACCGUCUAUUUAUAUUUAUGUAUACAGUCAGAGGUUUGGACACACCUUCUCAUUUAAUUCCAUGAGAACGUGUGUCAAAACAAAUGUGCUAAUAUAUAUAUACAUAGUAUUAUAUAUUCAAAAUUCAAUAAUACAUUAAAACUAGUGUAUUGCACGUUGGAAGCCUUCUCGGAGCAACGGGAUAUACAUUUAGUUUCUUAACAGGUACCAGAAGAAACAUUGGUCUUUCAUCAGCUUGAUGCAGAAUGCAGCAUGUGUUCAGUAGUACGGGUCCCUGUUAGUGAGGGAAAGGGGUCCAGCACAAAGGAAUCUUCAGUCUGUAGAGACUGGGCAGGCGACCGAUUGGAAAUCCCUAGUGACAGAAUGUUUGUUGUCACAGGCGAUGCUCUCAGGAUGUCCGACGGGAGACAGAGAACGUUGUCCACCUCUGGAGAAUCUCUGUAUCAGGUCCUGAGUUUGCAGAAAGGCUGCAGUCAUGACGACAUCAAGAAGUCCUACAGGAAGCUGGCAUUGCGGUUCCACCCGGACAAGAACCCGGACAACCCGGAGGCAGCAGAGAAGUUCAAGGAGCUGAACAGCGCCCACGCCGUCCUGUCUGACCUCACCAAGAGGAACAUCUAUGACUCCUACGGGUCCCUGGGCCUCUACGUGGCCCAGCAGUUUGGAGAGGACAAUGUCAACACCUACUUCAUGCUGUCCACCUGGUGGGCCAAGGGUCUCUUUCUGGUUUGUGGCGUCCUGACGGGCUGUUACUGCUGCUGCUGUCUCUGCUGCUGCUGUGACUGUUGCUUUGGGAAGCUGAAGCCGACGCCCACAGGUGAGGGGGCGGGGUCAGACUACGUCUCCCCUGACGACCUGGAGGAAGAGAUCCGCAACAACCCCGACGAUGGCGUCGACGCUCCAGUUGUUCAGCAGCCGUUGAACCCCAGUGAGAAAACCCAGCUGAUCAGUGAUGGACACAAACGAUAUGGAGACACCUUCACAUGAAAGACUUUCUGACACACAUCAGGUCGGAAAGGGCCUCCUGACCGAUACGUCACAUGAUCACCUGAUCCAUUUUUUAUCUGGUUUUGUCACAUAUUUAAACCCGAUUGACGUUUUGGUGCAAAUCCUGCUUUGAUUGGACGUUUGGUAUUUUAGGGGCGGUGCUUUAUUAAUCUAUUACAGAUUUAAGUAUAAUCUUGAGUCUGUUUGAUGUAAAUAUUGUCUUGUUUUGGAAGUUUGUUUCCUGUUGAAAAUAAAACACAACCUGCAUAA